AUAAAUAAAAAUAAAGGAAGUUGUCCCACGUUAACGAAUAUUAUUUUUUAUUUUAUAUAGAGAAAAAAUUAGUGUUAAAAAUGAUUGACCUUGGGUGUAUAAACGGUCUACUACCGGUUGACUUUAUAAACAAUGUUUUAUUCAUGGUCAUCGGGACUUCACACAAAUUACAAUGCACCGAAUAUGCCAGUUAGUUUUCGUUCGCCGUCGUAAUAAUAAGACGUAUUUUCAUAUUUACAGUAACUGCUGGAUCUUUAUGGAUUUAUGGAAUUUAUUUUGAAUUCUUAAAUUAUGGCACCGAGAACUAGUAGUUGGCCAGUAUGGAGUGGUAUAUUGAGCACGGACAACAAUAUAAAAUCGGCUGACGAUUGGAUUGAAGCACGCAGAAAGGAAGACGGUGCAGAUAAGUUGUGGAGAAUUCACGAUGGAUUGUAUAACCUUGAACAAUGGAUAAACAAGCAUCCAGGAGGACCACAGUGGUUGGAAAUUACAAAAGGAACUGAUAUCACAGAAUUAUUUGAGUCGUACCAUAUAAAUGGCAAAGCUGCAACGGCGGUGAUGCACAAAUUUUAUGUGCGACAGACAGAGUCACCCAGGAAAUCGCCUUUCACGUUUAAGCCAGACGGAUUUUACAACGUGUUGAAGUCUAGAGUAGCAAAGAAAUUAUCUUUCGUGGACAGCAAAAAUUAUCAUAUAAAGUCUAUGCUGGUCGUCGACACAUAUUACCUGCUUGCACUGGCUCUGUGCGUUGGAAUGGCUCAGACAGAAAACUUUUUCUUAGCACUGUUGGCUGGCAUUGUUUUGGCACUCGGGACCGUUGCUAGUCACAACUUUACGCACCUUAAGGACAACUGGAGAAUGUAUUACGUGCAAUUGGUUUUAUUAUCUGUACGCGAGUGGAGAAUAUCGCAUGUACUCAGUCAUCAUAUAUACACGAAUACUGUACAAGACUUGGAGAUGUCACUGCUGUAUCCGUUUAUCCAUUGGUUUCCGACUACAGACAAACCAUUUACAGUUCGAUUAUUCCCUUAUCUCACCCCCAUUGUAUACCCUUUUAUUAUUCCUGGACAAUUGGCCAUUAGAACUUUCAAGUGCAAUAAUAACAAAGCCGAUCUUCUUAUGUUUGUUAUACCUGCAAUAUUGAUGUUUUGUGGACAAAUGACCAUAAGUUAUGUAAUUAUUGCUUGGCUUUUCAUAGUUCUGACAAGUAGUUUUAUGUUUACAUUCAUCGGGUUCAGUGCUUCUCAUCAUUUCCCGGACAACUUUCACGAUGGAGACCAUGUCAAUGAUGAGUACAUUGAUUGGGGAAUACAUCAAAUAGAAACCAGCGCAGAACGAAACGAGCCGAUCAAAAAUAUUUUUAUAACAAUAGCGACAUUUGGCGACCAUACAUUACACCAUUUGUUCCCAGCUUUAGAUCAUAGCUUAAUACCACUAUUAAAAGACACUUUCGAAGAUACAUGUAAAGAAUUUGGUUUGGACCUAACACCAAAAUCAUGUACAACGAUUAUGCACGGACAGUUUAAACAAUUAUCCCGCGUUACUCCUAAUAAUCCGAAGAAUAAUAGAACUGAUAUAAAAUUAGAUAAUAAUAUCUAAAUAUUAUUCAAGAAAAUUUAAAUGCAUAUAAUAUGUACGACGUAUAUGGAAUGAGAUUCGAGAAACAGAGAUCCUGAGCGGAAGUGGCGUGUAUCAUAAAAAAAUUGGUGUUGCUCAAAUAAUUUUAGGUGACCUACCCCUUAAAAUACUGUUAUACCUACCUAUAUAAUUUCCUAUUUUUCUUCUAUCAAUACCUACCCACCCAUAUUUAAGGAGUUUCUUUAGCAACGCUUGGAACCUAUGUUACACUACUGGCCACUGGGUGGUAAUAUCGUUAUUUUAGUCUAUAUAUGUGUAACAGUAUUCUCGGCUGAAUAGUUAUUUUACUAUUUAAAAUCAUUAUUUAUUAAACAUUUGUAUUAUGUGAUAUUAUACGAUAUUAUUACCAUAUUGUCGAUAAAGAUAAGACGGUAGCUAAUUUAUUGCUAAUAUUAGGCAAUAUCAUUUGUUAUAUUUCACGUAAACAUAAGAAAAAAAUUUACUACAGCCAGUGGCUUUUAUUUUGUGUUAUUUGUAUACAAACUAUUUAGUAUAAAUUUACUAUAAUAUUCAUUGUGAUAAUUCCUUAAGAUUUUUUUUUAAAAAGUAUUGGUUUUCAAUGCUAUACGCUCAUGUUACUUGUUAGAAAAUAUAAGCUUCUGUUUUUAGAGUAAUUUUAUUUGGAUAAACUCUAACAGUACCUACCUAGGUUAUGUAUGAUUAUUAUAAGCAUAACAAUGUUCACUCUUUCUUACAAAUAUUUUAGGUUGUUAGUUUGUCUUAUAAACCAUAUGAAUAAUAGUGUGGGUUUAUAUUUCAGUUGUAGGUAUAUUAUGAUUGUUCUCUACCUAUGUAAAACAAUAUUUAUUAACUUGUCUUAAUGAAUUUAUUGAAUUAUGACCUACUUAUUAUACAAAUAUAUAUUUAAAAUAAAUAUAAAAUAUUUGAAUUAAUCAAAAAUUAAACAUGUACCUAAUGUUCA